ACCGUGUAGAUCGGCCUCAAUAGAUACUAUAUCGUUCUCAAACCAAACCCAAUAGACGCAAACUUGUGCGAUAUGACCGUCAAUCACAAUCUCAGGCAAUGAGAUUAUAUGGACUAUUCUCGAAUGGAAACAAUAAUUAUUUAAUGUGAUGAUACAUGCACUAACUCCACACUAUAGCAAAGCCAAGGUUGAUGAAGAGAGGGUUCCAUUCAAAGGUUCCCAACUCCGAAGCAUUCUUACUAAAGUUUUUUCUCUAUCGCAGCAUCAAUAUGGUUGAAACUCCUCGAGGCUUUGAAAAUGGAAAAUCUUCCUCGGAUUUUUUCAAGAUGGCUGAAAUGUUAACUCUGAUGAUUGCUGCUGGUAGCGUGGGUCACUUCAUGACUGCUCAUCCCUCACUUGACAAUGAAAACAAAGUGAAGAUGUAUCUUUGGUUUGUCAUGAUAGCCAUCCUCGUUGCGGUCCUUUCCUACCUCAUAUUUCUCGUCGUGAACUCUACAUCCGUCAACCACGCUUUUGGACCGACAAAAAAGGCAUCGAUUGUGUUUGCGAUUAUGGCAGGUCUUCUUCUGGUUGGUUCCGCAUUGUUGGCGAAUUUUUCUAGCAAGCAAAGUUUUUGGUUACUUUUCUUUCUUCAUGUUUGCCAUAGAUGCAUUCUACCACUUAAAGUUGUCAAGUACAGACCCACCACGGACCAAAUGAACAAUUAUAUAUGCCUCACCGCGUAUAAAUAUGAAAGUAACCGAGUUGUUCCUUUCCAAAUGCAACACAACAGCAUCACGAGAUACAGUCAUACUAAUGAUCGUAUAAAAUACUUAGAUUGUGUCUAAUAUUUAAGAUGAUCCCAUCAACCAAAUGAAAAAUACAUUAUCUAUAAGACUUCAAACGCAGAAACGCUGAUGUUACGCUUAAGUUUGAUUGGUUCGUUCCUUCUGCGGAGCCAAUCAAACUUAGCAAUGCAUCAGGGUUUCAGCUUUGACGUUUUUACAUGAGAAAGGUCUAUUCCGUUCCCGCGCACGAAUUGCAUGCACUAGUUCUUGCGACUAUUGCAUAUAUAUAAUAUAUCCUGUAAUAUAACCAUGCUAAGAACUGUAUAAAUUACUUAUUUUUGUGUAUAGUGUUAAAUAUAGCAAAGUUAAGAAAAUAAAAAUACAAUAAAACAUUUUUUAAAGCCUUAGCUCCUUAACAUUAGGUUCGGCACAUGAAAAGUUGGACCUGUUUCUGACAUCUAAAUUUUCCUGUGCCCCGUAACUUAAUGAGCUAAAGUCUUUGUUUAAGUUCAUUUGCAUUCGAUUCGGCACAUAAAAGUUCCACGUCUGAGACGGGCCCUAGACGUCUGA